AUGGCAGAAUCUUCAGCAGCUGAUUAUGUAUUUAAAAUUGUUUUAACAGGUGAUUCAGGUGUUGGCAAAUCAAAUUUAUUAUCACGUUUUACUCGUAAUGAAUUUUCACUUGAAAGUCGUUCAACGAUUGGUGUGGAAUUUUCAACAAAAGAAGUUCAAGUUGAUGGUAAAACAAUUAAAGUACAAAUAUGGGAUACUGCUGGUCAAGAACGUUUUAUGGCCAUUACAAAAGCUUAUUAUCGUAAUGCUUUAGGUACUCUAUUAGUUUUUGAUAUUCUUAAAGCAUCAACAUUUCAAAAUCUUGAUCAAUGGUAUAAUGAAGUGCGAGCAAAUGCUGGUAUUGAAUGUUGUAUUAUUUUAGUUGGUAAUAAAAUCGAUCAACGACAUAUGCGUGCAGUACUUUAUGAAAAUGCUAAACGUUAUGCUGAUGAAAGAAAUAUUCCUUAUAUUGAAACAUCAGCAUUAGACGCAACGAAUGUAGAACAAGCUUUCCGUAGUCUUAUUGCAGACAUAUAUCGAAAUUGGGCAUCUCGAAUGGAUUCAUUAAAAGAGAAUCCACACGAAGGUCCACGCCCGGUUAGUCAAACAAUAAGACCUUAUUAUCCAUCAUCAAAUCAAUCGACAAGUGAUAAUACUGCUAAAUCAUGUUGUGGUAGCUUUUCAUAA